CAUUGUGCAAGGAAUUCAGAGUUUCACCUUCGCCAUAUUCGCCAUGAUGCAGCCACCUUUGUCCUCACAGGCAUCGCAAAGUGAGGCAAAGUUACUGAAGAUGCUGCAGCAGAGAAGGGCUGCAAAAUCUCAGGCAACAACACCAAGCAAUCUUUCUACAAGUUCCAGAGACAGCCUGACAUUCUCCACAAGCAAGAGGUAUCGAAUAAACACAAGCUUGCCACGUUUGCCCCACUUCCUGGGGUCUGCAGAACCCACUGGUGUCAGUGCUGCAUUCCUGGUCUCAUUUUUGGUUCAUUGUAGAAGCAAAGUAGAACAGCCCACUACUCGUGCUGCUGCUAUGCUGCGAGAGAAUGGCGGUGUACCAAUCGCAACACUCUGUGGUCGUGUACCGCACCGUGAUGAAAAUCAUCCACUGGAUCCAAUGGACCCAAUGGAUCCAAUGGAUCCUGGAGAUUCCAAUCGCCAUCCACUGACCGGUGGCCCCAUUCGUGGUCCAAGUCGCUUUCACGUGGCGCACGCCUGGGACGCGGACUUCGAGGCCCUGGUGGAUUGCUUGGUGAAGGAUGCCGGGGCGGAGCUGGAUCGGCGCUACAAUCUGGACAUCUUCGGGGAAGAUGUGGAAUGUCCAGAAAGAUCAUCUCAAAGAUCAGUGACUGGUGUGGCUGAUUCGCCCAUUGAAUCUCUCCAAGCCACAGUUGCAGCAGUGCAAGAAGUCGUGCUCAUCCUGGACAAAGAUGCUCUUUGCUUUUCUCGGCUUUGGGUUUUGACGGAGGCCAUGAUGGCUGUUCGCAGCAACAAGCUGCGGAUUUCUUCCACGGCUUCCCUAGGAAGCACUGAAAUGGACAUUCAAACCUGGGAGGAAAGAAUUGAUGGAAUCGACUGGUCCCUUGCCACAUCUUCGCGAAAGAAUGAUGAGAGACGACUGCGGAAGUUCGCAGAGAGGGUUUGGGAUAUGAAUGGAAUUGGCACGGAUAGGCUACUUGCUCAGCUCAAAGUCGCCUUGAGAAAGUACAUCUACGGUCAAAUUCUGGUGAAGGCCGUGGAACAUGGGGACCGGCGUGCAGUUGAAGCUGCGCUGGAGCGAGGAGCAUCUCCAGAGCAACGUGACGCGGAUGGCAACACCCUGGAGGAUUUGGCAUCCUUUUACAACCAGCAGGAUAUUGAGGAAAUGCUGUUCGAGAGGCGGAUGCAGCGAAUGACGCAUCAGCCGCUGUCAAUGUUCUUCACAGCAGAUGAUCUCAUGGAAAACUGUUCUGCGGCGGAUCCCCAUGUCCUGCUGCCAUUCAUGACGCCCGUCGAGCCCCGAAGAGAAGAUGGACUUGCUGAGGAUGCUGAAGAAGAACGACUUUGGCAAUUCCUGGCAGGUUUGGAGCCUUCUGAGAAGCUUCCAAACAAAAAACCUCUGCGGCGGAACCGGCAUGAUCAAAAGCCACAGAGUGCUGAGAGCAUGCUGCUCCGCUCCAAAGAAAGUGGUGUGCCACCCAGACACCUGGAGAUGGAUCGAAAUGAAAUGACCAGGCUCAACACGCUGGAGAAAGGAAGCAUUGUGCUCAGGGGGGUGCAUGUUUCUGCCUCAGCCAACCUGCCCGGCUUGCCGGGUGAAGCUUGGAUUCCCUUUCGGCUGAUCUCAAGGUCAGCCCUUUGUGGAAAGCUUCCACACCUGCUCCACGGACGGGCUUUGGCCAGCCAGGCGAAGCAGUCCGAUGCCCGAAGCCUUUUUGCGAAGCUCCAAGUCCUGUCCAGGCAGAGCUCUCCUAGCAAGGAUGAAGCCGCAGCAGUGUGUGGUACUUUGGCUCGACGGCUCAAAACAGAGAUAGCUACGUUUACGGCCACAGAGGCCCACCAGCUUUCAGUAGUUUUGGCUCAGUUCGGCCUGCGAAAUACCUUGAUCCUUGACACCCUUGCUUCUCAUGCCCUUCGAGGGAUGGUGUCGUACUCCCCCUAUCUUUUAUGUGGACUGGCAAAUUCCUUCGCGCGGAAUCGCUAUUUGCACCGGCCACUGAUGGAUGCAAUUGCAAUUCAUGUCGCCAACGCCUCUGACACACUGUCCCCUGUGGACAUCGCAGUGUUGGUAUAUGGCUACGCAGAGUUGGCGUACAAUCCGCGGAACAACCUUUUGGAGGUGUGCGCCGAGCGCCUCCAGAAGACUUACCUAGAGGUUGGAGCUCCCAACUGCGCUAGCAUCAUGAAUUCCUAUGCUCGGCUGUCUGAAUGCAAUCCCGCUGUAUUUCAUUGCCUCUCUAGGGCAAUCGUCCAUGCUCAGCCGGAGACGUUUGAAGUGCACAACAUAAGUAUCAUCAUGAAUUCUUAUGCCAAGUGCGCGGUCCGGAAGAGCCAGACGAUGCAUCUUCUUGGUGACUAUCUCGUUGACAGGGUGGACGAGCUGAGUCCACAGAAUGUCUCCAACGUGGUCCAUGCCUUCUCAAGGCUCAGCUGUUAUAACCUCCCACUCUUCCAGAACCUCGUCAAAAGGGUGGCGUCAGAAGAUCUGACCGCCUACAAACUCUAUGAACUCGGUGUUCUUUGCCACAACUUGGCAAAACUGAAAUCUGGAGGGGAAAAGGUCUACAGCGCUAUGUUUGGCGAGCUGGCAAAGCGUCCAGCAGAGGUAUGGGAACCAAAAGCUGUUGCUCAGGUGCUGGACGCAAUGAGAAGGCGACAAAUGUUCAGCCACCCUGGCCUUCUGGUGCUGCUUUUCCAGCGUUUUUUCAGCACCCUGCCAAGCUACUCCGUCCAUUCCUUGACACAAGCAUCCUGGUGCUUGGUGGAGCUGGAUGCACUGGACUGCGCAGAAGAGCUGCAUCAAGAGUUGCCUCCUGAUGAAGCUCCCCAAGGCUUUCCGCAAGGGAGAUACGCCAUGCGAAGAGUCUUUGAGCGGCUGCAGGAGCUGGAUUCCCAAGAGCCAUUUACUCCAACACAGCGCUGUCAUGUGCAGACACUGAUCCGAGCAUAUCGUUAUCGCCAUGAGUUGGACCAUGGUUUGCUACCUCCAAAGGUGAAAUCGUUCUGCAAAGCCCAGUUCGAUGUAUCGAGCUCUGUGGUUUCAGCUGUAGCGCGGGCAUAG